CAUAUUUUUUUUUGUUGAAUGAAACUGACGUAAUUUCACAAACAUAAAUAAAUUAAACAACAAAAAGCUAAAAAAAGUGAAAAGCCAAAAGCAACUUAAAAAACACGUCCAAUUUGCAACUAUUUACUACCUACUUUAGUUUAUAUAAGUUAACAAAUAAAAAGAAGCUCUAUUCUUUUUUAGUUUAAGUUGAUUUUUGUUUUAUAUAUUUUAAUAUUAUAUCAAGCUUUUUACAAGUGAAUUUAUACAAUUUAUUUAUUGCGAAAAAGUCUCUCAUAAAUACUUUCUCAAGUCAACAGCCUCAGCCAGUCAGUGUGACAAAAUUAAUCAUCACACAAACAAUUCCAAUUUACUCCCACAUAAAAGGAGCAAAUGAGCAAAUGAUUUAGUACCUAGUUGUUUUUUAUUCAAUCAUCAUAACAAUAAUAAUAUGUCGACUAAACAACAACAAGUGUUGUUAAAAACGCUUAAAUAAAUGCGACAACGAUCAUAUUCCCUCCAAGUAGAUUUUGUGUCAUAGUCGUCGUCAGUCGUCACAGUUGAGAUACUGUCGCAUUCAGCAAACCAAGCAAGCCAACAACAGCAGGUUGUUUGGUCAAAUAUAAAAAAACAAAAAAUGGAAAACUAUGCAUAGAGGUCACCAACAACUACACAAAACACUGCUCCCCUUUUCAUACGCUUGAGUCGGCAGCAGUGUGUGCCACUGUCACUGUCUCCAUCUCCUCUGUACUCCGUCGUUGUCGUCACCUCAAUGAAAAUGCUAAUCGAAAUCAAACAGCUACAAAAACAAAGCAAAAGCAACCACUUUUAUUACGCCCGCCCUCCAUGCGAAUUCAAAUCUAAUUCAUCGGUGAGAUAGAACAAACGCAAAAACGACUACGAUCGACGACACGACCAAAGAAUCAAAAAGACCCCCAACGAGAGCGCCGCGCCGUGCCAUUUAAAGCAACUUACUAGAACAACAAAUAUAAACUCACUCGUAGUAGCGCUAGCGUUUUUUAAUCAGUCAGUUUUCGCAGUUCAAAGAGUGCCAAAUGUUCAUUGUAAAUGGUCGGUCGGUCAUUCUAUGUGGUGGCGGUGCGAGAUUUUAGAACUAAUCAUCGGCGAAAAAAGCAAAAGCCCCAAAAAAGAGAAGAGUAACCUUUUUGAAGCAAUAAAUCCCAUUCCGGUUUCCGUUCACAAUUUCGGUAGAAAGGACGGCCGGUGAAUUAUAAAAAAAAAGUCAAGUCUUACUUGAAAGACUUGUUUGACCUGUUGUCGUUGCCGGUUAAAAACCUCGUCAUCAUCAGAAUAUCAUUAAACAACUUGUAUCUCUACUCCUCCAUUUGUAUUAUGUUGCCAAUGCCAUCAUUGCCAAAGUGAAUAUAUUUCACCUCGUCAUCGGUCGUCGGUCGUUUCUCGUUAGCCUACACAAAAUUUGCUGCUGAAAGACUCGAAAAGAAAGUUGACCGGUUGACCUGACUGCAGCCACCAAGAGCAACAAACAUCAUCACACUCAAAAUAUAAAAAUUGGUUUUGUUGUGUAGAGCUUUAACGCAUUUUAGACCAAAAAAAUGUAUUCUCCUGUGAGCACACACGACAGCUACCCCGAUUAUCCCGAGUCUGAAAUGGAUGAUCGUGAUAGUCUUUAUUUUGAUACCAUCUCUUUGGCUGGAUCCGAAGCGGCAAACAAUCGACGAUCACUUUCUCAGUCUCGCAUGACCAUUUACCAUUCAGCCGUGGAUUUAGCAUACGAUGGAACUCCCAAACGUAACAGUCGUGGUUUGGAUAAAAAUGGAUUAGCUAACUAUCGUAAUUCGGCAGCAGCGGCGUUGACCACCGCAAUAGGAAAUGGUGAUGGCAGUAAUACAUACAUGGAUCAAAGCAACAUUGCUGCCAACAAUAAUGGACUAAACGAUGAGGUCUCUAGCCGACUUAUCCCUAGUAGUUCUUGUAAUAAAGAUAAGAAAUUGCCAAUUACGUACUCCCAGUGGAAGUUUAGGACAAGAAGACGAUUUCAGGAUGGCGAACGUAGUGUUGACUUUGUAUUGGCCUUUAAUGGUGACGAUACGAGUACAGAUAAUGAAAUCAAAAGAAAUAUAUUCGAAACGAAUCUGGAAAAGGAAGGUCUCCAAUUGGAAAGGGACAAAACGCAAAGGAUACACUUUGUUAAAGUACAUGCACCUUUAGAAGUUUUAAGUCGUUAUAGUGAAAUACUUAAAAUUAAACUGCCAAUGAAAUGGCUGAAAGGACAAUCCGAAGUGACUGACCAUAGUUUUCAACUCAUGGAAACGAUAAAAAGCCUUUUCGGUUGGUGUUGUACGUCUGUAGAAUUAGAUACAUCAAAAUUCCCGCCACGAGAACAAAGGAUAUAUUGUGAAUUUUCUAGGAAUUAUCUUCAUUUGUUUGACUGGGAAAGACCAAAUUUUUUUGAUGCCACUGUUAGGAAUUCUAUAAUAAAUUUCAUCCUUGAACGACAACAUUUUGUUGAAGGCGAAGAGACUCCAGAUAAUCUAGGUAUUGAAAAACUGAUAGCAGAUAGAGUGUACGAUGCAGCAUAUCCGCUUCAUGAUGACAAUGAUAAAGACCUCCUUUUAAGUGAAUGGGCAACUGUUCGGAAAUGGAUGGAUCAUCAACCUUUGGAUAGUGUGAGAGAAUAUUUUGGACCUAAAGUUGCCUUAUACUACGCUUGGCUAGGAUUCUAUACACACAUGCUUAUACCAGUGAGUAUUAUUGGUAUUCUAUGUUUUGUUUAUGGAUUUGCAACUUGGAGUUCCGAUACUAUUAGUAAUGAGAUUUGUUCUGCAAACAAAACUACAUUGAUGUGCCCACAGUGUGAUAAACGAUGUGAUUACUGGAAACUACAGGAUACUUGUAAUUCAUCAAAAAUGAAUUAUCUAAUAGAUAACAAUGUAACUGUGGUGUUUGCCUUUGUUAUGUCAGUGUGGGCGGUUCUUUACCUUGAGCUAUGGAAGCGUUAUUCAACUCGCUUGAUGCACCAAUGGGGAUUAAUAGGAUUCAGUCAAGAAAUCGAACAUCCACGUCCACAAUAUUUGGCAAAAUUGAGAAGGGCGCGUUUGACAAAACUGAAAAUGAUCAAUAAUGUUCUCGAACCGGAUGUGCCUUUUUGGAGAACAAAAUUUCUAUCAGAUCUCACCAGCUAUUCAAUUAUGAUUCUUUUUAUUUGCGUAUCGAUAAUAGCAUUUUUCUCAUUAAUCGUUUAUCGAAUGGCCCAACGUGCCUCACACAGUAUUUUAGGAAAUGAAGACACAGCCACUUAUAAAAUAAUGGUCCUACCACUUACUGCUGGUAUCAUCGAUCUAACUGUCAUCUCAUUACUCGAUUAUGCGUACUCGUAUCUUGCGAUAUUUCUAACUAAUCUAGAAUAUCGUCGCACACAAACGGAAUAUGACGAAAGUCUGACAAUCAAAAAUUAUGUAUUCCAAUUCGUCAACUACUACACAUCACUUUUCUAUAUUGCCUUUUUGAAAGGCAAAUUUGUUGGCUAUCCCAAAAAAUACAAUCGAAUAUUUGGAUUCAGACAGGAAGAAUGUGCUCCUGGAGGAUGUCUGAUGGAAUUAUGCAUGCAAUUAGUUAUUAUUAUGGUGGGCAAACAGGCUGUGAAUGCUAUUAUUGAAAUGCUCAUUCCUUAUGCUAUGAAUGCUUAUAAGAAGCUUCAAACAAGUUUUGGGGUGAAGCGAAGGCGCAGUGAGGAGAAAUUGAUUGCUUGUAAUCAAUGGACUGAAGAUUAUCAUCUGAUGCCAUGGACGCACAGUUCUUUGUACUUUGAGUACUUGGAAAUGGUUCUUCAAUUUGGCUUCAUUACACUUUUUGGUCUGGCUUUUCCACUUGCCCCACUUCUAGCUCUUAUUAACAAUGUGAUAGAAAUGCGUUUGGAUGCAUUCAAAAUGUUAAAAUUCUUCAAAAGGCCAGUUGCACAGAGAGUUCGAAAUAUCGGAGUGUGGUAUAAUAUAAUGUCGAUUAUAAGUAAAAUCGCUGUAGCAUCAAGUGCAAUGAUUAUAGCAUUUUCUACGAAUUUAAUACCAAAAUUAGUUUAUAAAGUAACAACCCAUGACAAUUCAUUAGAGGGAUAUUUAAAUUUCACUUUAGCUCAUUUUAACACGGAAGAUUUUCAGAUACAACCUGAAACUAGUCUUUUUGGCAAUGUUACCACCUGCCGAUAUACAGAAUUUAGAAAUCCUCCAUGGAGCGAUGAACCUUAUAAGAGACCAUUGAUUUAUUGGAGGAUAUUGGCAGCAAGAUUGGCGUUUAUUGUAGUAUUUCAGAAUAUAGUUGGAAUGAUCCAAGCGUUAGUCGCCUGGUCAAUUCCAGAUGUACCCGGCAAACUGCGAAAACAAAUCAAACGCGAAGACUUCCUUUUGCGUGAGAACAUUAUUGAAUAUGAGAAAAAAAUUGCCGCUGAAUUGGCAUCUCAAGCACGCAACAGCCAAUUGCCUUCAGAUAAAAAUACAACGCCAUUAUUAAAUCAACGUAAGAAUUCUUUGGACACUGAUGUACUAAGGCGACGCCACAACAAUGCAAAUGAUGACAACAAUGACGAUCAAACAACAUCGGUCUAGUUUUAGUUCAUAAAAAAAAAAUAAUAAAUAAUAAAUCAAUUGCAUUUAUCUGCUUAAAAUUCCUCGUUUAAAAUAAAACAAAAAAAUUCAUAAAAUUUUAACAAAAAAGAAAAAAAAACAACAAUUAAUUUUAAGUAGGUACUUAAAUAAAUUAUAUAAAACAAAUUGUAUAUAUAAAAGUGCUCAACAAAGCUUUAUACGUAGAAUGAAUUAUUGUACAAUUUCAAAAAUGAUGGAUUAAGCUUUAAAAAGAAAAAAAAAAUAUUGUUAUAAAGUAAAGAUAAACUAUUUAAUACAUUAUAUAGUUAAAUACUCAAAAAAACUGCCUUUAUUUACAGAUUUGUUAUAAAAUAACGUUUUUUUUGUCACUUGUUCACAAAAAAAGUUCUGUUAAACUUGUAAUAUUUUUUAACAAUUUUUUAUACAUAAAAGAAAAAUAUGACAGAACAAUAACAACUUCAGUU